AUGUCUGAACACCCGACGGAUUUGUGCCCAAUUCUUAACGAUAAUUCAACGGCACAUGUUGAUGCUAUAGGAGAUCUUCUAGGACCUCCGCAAAGACGCUAUGAUCAUUUCUCCAACACCUACAGUCCCGGGUGGAAGGAUCAUCCUAACUUGAAUUACGGAGCUAAUCCCCGAUAUAAUCCAUCAUACCAACCAAGACCUCCGCAACUGCCACCCAAGCCGAGCACAUCUCUAGAAGUUGUUAUAGAAAGGCUUGCCAUCGAUGUUGCAAAAUAUCAACAGAUGACAAACACAUCAAUACUAGAGUUAACUAAUCAAGUUAGUAAACUCUCGAUGGCAGUUAAUCGUUUGGAGUCUCAAGGAAAAUUACCUUCCCAGACAGAGCCGAAUCCUCGACCAGAAUCAGAAAUUCGAAAACCAGUCGUGACGCCACAUUCUUUUCCAGGGAGGCUCGCAAAGGAUAAGAAAGUGAAGGAGGAAAAAGAAAUCCUCGAAACAUUCAAGAAGGUGGAGGGAAAUAUCCCUUUGCUCGACGCUAUAAAAAAAAUCCCUCGCUAUGGAAAAUUCCUCAAAGAAUUGUGUACUAGAAAAAUGAGGUUAAUAGGUAACGAAAGAGUAAAUGUAGGAGAAAAUGUCUUCGCAGUACUGCAAAAGAAAGUUCCGCCCAAAUACAAGGACCAAUGUAUGUUUGCUAUUUCCUGUGAGAUAGGAGUAAUAAUCCAGUUGGUAGACAGGUCAGUCGUCUAUCCUGAAGGAUUGUUUGAAGACGUCAUUGUUAAAGUUAACGAAUUAGUUUUCCCUGUAAAUUUCUACAUUAUUAAUAUGGAGGACGAUAAUUCAACUAAUUCAUCUGACAUUUUGCUUGGAAGGUCGUUCCUAAGUACUGCAAGCACAAAAAUUGAUGUUCAGAGUAGAACACUGACAAUGGAGUUUGAUGGUGAAAUCGUGAAAUUCAACAUCUACGAAGCUAUGGGUCAUCCUAACUCACUAUCAAAUAUUUCUAGUAUCGAUAUUAUGGAUUGUUUAACUCAAACUUAUUCUGAAUAUCAUGACUUUGAUGAGUUGAAAACUGUCCUUUACAGAAGCAUUGACAUGGAUGUUUUAAAUAAUCUCGGGGAAUUAGCAAUUAUAAAAGAACCGUUGCGAGAAAUUGUCAAACACUUGGAGACGCAACCAUCAUUGACAAACCGAGGUAAUCAAUUUGAACUAUUACCUUCCCAAACUAAAAUGUUUCCUUCGGUUUUGCAACCACCUGUAACAGCCCAAUUUUGGGCCUAG